CGGAAGCGGAGGGCGGCUGGCCGGAGCAGCAGGUGGUGGGCCGCGGGCGAGAGGGCGAGGACUCCCGGCUCCGGGGGUGGGGGCCGGGGAUCCGUGGGUUCACCUCAGACGCGCGCGGGCGCCCGCGUCCCGGGGCCGCUUCCUGUCAGGGUGGUCGCGCUGGGGUCGGGAGCCUCAGUUCUUCAGGGCCGCGGAGGCCGCGACGCGCGCCGCCUCGAGCGGGUUCCGUGCGGAAUGAAUCUGAAGUCUGCUGCAGUAAAACACAGAAGGCUUUAAAAUGUUUUCUUGCAUAAAACUCAAAACUUUUAAGUAGCUGCUUAUGAGGAUAGGGAAGGCAGAAAGCUAAUGUCUGUCUCAAGAUACAGGACAGCUGUUUGCUCAUCAACCUCAACUGUGUGUGCAACGGAGGAACAUGGCUCAAGAAACUAAUCACAGCCAAGUGCCUAUGCUUUGUUCCACUGGCUGUGGAUUUUAUGGAAACCCUCGUACAAAUGGCAUGUGUUCAGUAUGCUAUAAAGAACAUCUUCAAAGACAGAAUAGUAGUAAUGGUAGAAUAAGCCCACCUGCAACCUCUGUCAGUAGUCUGUCUGAAUCUUUACCAGUUCAAUGCACAGAUGGCAGUGUCCCAGAAGCUCAGUCAACAUUAGACUCUACAUCUUCAUCUAUGCAGCCCAGCCCUGUAUCAAAUCAGUCACUUUUAUCAGAAUCUGUAGCAUCUUCUCAAUUGGACAGUACAUCUGUGGACAAAGCAGUACCUGAAACAGAAGAUCUGCAGGCUUCAGUAUCAGACACGGCACAGCGGCCAUCUGAAGAGCAAAGCAAGUCUCUUGAAAAACCAAAACAAAAAAAGAAUCGCUGUUUCAUGUGCAGGAAGAAAGUGGGACUUACUGGGUUUGAAUGCCGGUGUGGAAAUGUUUACUGUGGUGUACACCGUUACUCAGAUGUACACAAUUGCUCUUACAAUUACAAAGCUGAUGCUGCUGAGAAAAUCAGAAAAGAAAAUCCAGUAGUUGUUGGCGAAAAGAUCCAAAAGAUUUGAACUCCUGCGGGAAUACAAAAUUCUUGAGCAUCUGCAAACUAAAAAUUGACUUGAGGUUUUUUUUUCCUAGUCAUUGGGAAUGUAGAGCAGUGUAUCUUGCAUGUCAUCGGAAGAAUAGAUUUUUGUUUUGGUUUUGUUUUGGUUUUGUUUUGAAAAUGACUCUGAACAUUUAUUUCCAUUGCAAUUUCUGUGGCUGAGAAGACUUAAACUUUACAAGUAUUAUCCUUUUAAGAUCAUUUUAAUUUUAGUUGAGUGCAGAGGGCUUUUAUAACAAACGUGCAAAAAUUUUGGAGGGCUGUGAUUUUUCCAGUAUUAAACAUGCAUGCAUUAAUCUUGCAGUUUAUUUUCUCAUUGUGUAUGUAUAUAUCGCUUUUCUCUGCAGCACGGAUUUCUCUUUUAAUAAUGCCCUUUAGGGCACAACUAGUUAUCGGUAACUGAAUGUAUCUUAAUCAUUAUGGCUGCUUCUGUUUUUUCAUUAACAAAGGUUAUUCAUAUGUUAGCAUAUAGUUUCUUUGCACCCACUAUUUAUGUCUGAAUCAUUUGUCACGAGAGUGUGUGCUGAUGAGAUUCUAAGUUUGUGUGUUUAAACUUUUUUUUGAGUGAGGGAAGAAAAAGCUGUAUGCAUUUCAUUGCUGUCUACAGGUUUCUUUCAGAUUAUGUUCAUGGGUUUGUGUGUAUACAAUAUGAAGAAUGAUCUGAAGUAAUUGUGCUGUAUUUAUGUUUAUUCACCAGUCUUUGAUUAAAUAAAAAGGAAAACCAGAA